UACACAACGAACACGUGUUAUUUCCUACAGCACCUGAACGCAGCAUGAGGAGCGCCGUCCUGCAGGUCAGAGAAACACCUCCAGGCUUUUCAUCUCGUCUUUGAGCAUCUUUCGCACUCAUGAAAACAGCACACGGACAGAUGUGCGCUAUUUUACUUCCCCUCGCGGUUUUCUACAAACUCUGGAAGUCGGUUUACUUUGUUAGAGCAGGAGCCCACGCUGGAGCCCACGCUGGAGCCCAGAUGUUUUUAGUUUGACCCUCUGUCUGCCUCCUCGCCAGCGUCUUCAAACGAUGCUGAGAAGGAUGUUGAUGACGAGGAGGCUCCUCCAUGUGAAGGGAGACGUGAUGUGCACAGUUCUGCUGCUGCUGCUGUUCUGUUUCCUGCUGUACGCCCGACACGUUGUGCUCUCCUCUGGAUGGGACAGACCUGUGUGGAAACUGCACAUCCACGGCUCCACCAGCCCCAGUCGGACCCUGCUGGGAGCCACUGGAGCUAAAGUGGGCCAGGACUUUCAAGGGGCGUUCCCGUCCAGGGCUUCAGGGGUCCAGCCACCUCCAUGUAAAUCCCAGUCCAGGUCGAAACCUCCCCAACACAAAUCCAAGUCUAAGGGCAAAUCCAAGCCACGCAGGAAGAACGCCGUGCCGACCAAGACUGCGGCCAAUCCCCUGCCCACGAUGCCACAGUUUGACUUUGAGGCUUAUCUGAGAGAAAAGGACAACAGAAACUUCAAGCUGCUCAUAGACCAGCCAGAAAAAUGUCACAUCAGAGGAGCAGAGGAACAAGGAGGAGGGUCUAACAAUGCCCCUUAUAUGCUCAUUGCAGUGAAAUCCAUAGCAGCAGAUUUUGAUAAACGUCAGGUAGUACGCCGGACGUGGGGUAAGGAGGGACAUUUUGAAAAUGACGUGUCCAUCCGCACAGUUUUCCUCUUGGGUGUUCCCAAGAAUCGAACCGCUCUGCCUCUGUGGGAUCAGCUCCUGUCCUACGAGAGUCAAACCUAUAAGGACGUCCUGCUGUGGGAUUUCGAAGACACCUUUUUCAACCUGACGCUAAAAGAAACACACUUUCUGAACUGGAUCAACAGCAGCUGUCCUCGUGUCAAGUUCAUCUUCAAAGGUGAUGCCGAUGUGUAUGUUAAUGUGGAAAACAUACUGGAAAUGCUACGAGGUCAACAGCCAAACGAGGAUCUGUUUAUCGGUGAUAUCAUUAUCCGUGCUAAACCCAUUCGCCGGCGCACUUCCAAAUACUAUGUGCCAGAGUUUAUGUACGGGGGGGGUCUGUACCCCGAUUACGCUGGCGGAGGAGGGUUCGUGAUGUCGGGACACACGGCUCAGAGACUGAGCUCUGCCUGUCGACAGGUGGAAUUGUUCCCCAUCGACGAUGUCUUUCUGGGAAUGUGCCUCCAGCUGAUCGGCAUCAAACCAUUGCGACAUCAGGGCUUCCGGACCUUUGGAAUUCCCCGCCCGUCAGCAGCUCCUCACCUUCAGACGUUCGACCCUUGUUUUUACAGAGAACUCAUGGUUGUUCACAGCCUCAGCGUCCCCCAAAUCUGGCUCAUGUGGAACCUCCUGCACGACCCCAAACUGAGCUGCCACAACAGGACCAGCCGGACGCCCCGGCCUUUUAAAUGGAGGGCGGGGCUGGGCUCGAUGGUGGGGCAGGAGACGGACUACGAUGAGAAACGGGUGUUCGUCUCACAUUAGUGACCCUACAAAAUGGUCCUAGCACGAGACUGGAAAGGCUCGUGAGGCGUUCAAAAGCGCAGCUGAGUCAUGUGAGACUUUAUACGAGCUGGCUGGCAGUCGUGGGGGAAAUGAAGUGACGAAGGCCAAAUGUGUUCCAGACUAUUGAGAAAGAAAGCCCCGAGGGGAUUUUAGCUUGACAUCAGAGCCCCAUUUGUCUCUUCACACUGUGGCUGUGAACAGUUGGGACUUUUAAACCUUAAUGUGUUGUUUACAGUGUUUAUGUCCACACAGUUCCACGAGAACAACCAAAGAAAGUGCGGUUAGCUGGUUUAACCCCAUUUGCUCGAAGCUGUCACGUUAACAUUCAGACUGUGGACAAGACUGGAAAUGACUUUGUGUAGUGGGAAGGCAGCGGGGAUUUUUAGAGAUGCCCCUCUCUUCUUUGUAACGCUGCCCAGAGGCGCCAAUGGAAGGUCGCAUUAUCUGUCCCCGGAGGAGCAGCAAAUCACGUCUAAAUAGAAACCAUCUGCAUGAUGCAAACCAAAUGGGACCAAGCCUCACUGAAACAUGCACACUAACUACACCUCUGCCGAAGUUUGGGCGUACCCCGUUUCCUAAUCUGCCAAAGCUCACACAUGUAUACAGAUCACAUUUAUGUCCGUUAAAACGAAAUAAACAAUCUCGUGUUCUCUGGACUUUAGUAGAAUUUGCCUGUUUUUGCCAUGUUGUGUAAGAUUAGUCUAGAAUAUUAUGGCUGAUAUGGUCGUCAUGAAGACAGACGAAGCAAACAUGGACGGGACAGCACUGAGGUUCAGUGUUUAGUGUGGCAGACUUCAGCAAAGUGGGUUUGGUUUUCGAGGCAUAUUGUAACCCUGUCAUUACUUGUUUGACAUUUCAAGGGGUCGAGAUAAGACAAACAAAACCAAAUGUUCAACCAGCUUCAUCAGAUACUCACAGCGAUUGAUAAACACACAACACAGAUAAUUACAGAACAAUAUGUAAAUAUAACAUCGGCUGAUCUGUCUCUCUCUGAUAGGUCAACCUGAAUGCAUGGCAGGUUUAUUUAUAGCACAAUUCAACAACAAGGUGAUUCAAAGUGCUUUACAGAGACAUUAGAAACAGAAACAAAUAAAACGCAGGAUUUAAAAUUGAUUAAAAAAAACAGUCGAUAAAAUCAGAAGUUAAAAUGUACGUUUUAAA